UUUGAGAUAUGGUUCGGCAGAAAACCCAGUUUAAAUCACCUUCAUGUGUGGGGAUGUAAGGCAGAGGCAAGGAUUUAUAAUCCGAAGGCAGGAAAGCUUGAUCCUAGAACCUCGAUUGUUUUCUUUGUAGGAUACUUGACCAAAUCUAAGGGGUUAGAUUCUACAGCCCACAUCACCAUACUAGAAUUCUGGAGACCAAUAGAGAUAGACCUAGAUAUGGAAGCCGGCAGAAAUAGUGUGAGUGACAUUGAUGAAUGGUUUGGGUAUAAUGAAGUAGAGAAUAAUGUGUCUGGUGAGUUGAAUGAAGAAAAGGUAUGUAGAUUAAGAAAGUCAAUCUAUGGUUUAAAAACAGGCUUCGUGACAUGGUAUAUUAAGUUUGAUUAUGUGAUUACUUCAUUUGGCUUUGCUUAAAAUAGACUAGAUGAGUGCAUAUAUAUGAAGGUCAGUGGGAGUAGAUUCAUAUUUCUAGUGUUGUGUGUCGAUAUUUAAAGGAUUACAUGCUGGUUUAUAGGAAUCUUGAUACUGAAUUGGAAGUAGUUGGAUACAGUGAUUUAGAUUAUAAGGGUUGUGUGGAUGAUCUUAAGUCAACCUCAGGGUAUAUUUUUAUGCUGGCCGGAGGGGCAAUAUCUUGGAAGAGUGUGAAACAGUCUAACUUUGCAAGCUGAAUAUGUUGCUGUCCAUGAAGCUAUAGGGCAAGCACUCACUUUGGCUCAGAAACUUUGUUGCAUAGAUUGUAGUUUUUCCUCUUGCUCGAGUAAAAGUUGUUAUUUCAGUUCAUUAGCAUUAUUUGCAGAAUUUCAAUGUAUACUUGUAUGUAUUUUCAGUAUUUGAAGUUGCAGAUUCCUUAGGUAUUGAGAAUCUAUUAAGUUUGGAUCAGUUUACUUGCACUAUGUUUAGCAAGUUAAUGUUUCAUAUGCCUUAAGUUUACUCCUGUGUUCUGUAAGAAAUUGGAUUGUAGUCGCAGGGUGCUAAUUCUUGGUUAAGUGUAGAUUUGCUGUGGUUCAAUAUAAUGGGGAUUACAGAAUGACUGAGUUUUGGAAUGAUUUUGAUGGUGCUGGAUGUUUUUGUGCGUACUUCAGUUUUGCUACAUCUGAUGCAGCAGCUUUUCUUGUUGUUUGAAUAUUGAUAGUCCAAGUGGGAAAUUGUAAGACCUUAAUGUGGACUUUCUACCUUCUUUAGAUUUUACUGAUUUUGACGUCUGCAUUGAGUGUCAUUGAGUGUCUUAAGGGUAAAACGACCAAAUCUAGUAAAAAGGGGUCUGUAGGAGCCCAUGAACUAUUAGAAUUAAUCCACACUGACAUGAGUGACAUCUGUGGUCCUUUUCCUCUUCUGACUCUUUGCAAAAAUCAGUAUUUUAUUACCUUUAUUGAUGUUUUUUUCGAGGUUCUCCAUGUAUUUCUUAUUUCUGUAAAGUCACAGGCUGUAGUCGUCUUUAAAUUUUUUAAGGCUGAGGCAGAGAAACAAUUUAGUAAAGUCAAUAAAGUUGUUAGAUCAGAUAAGGGAGAUUUAGCCCAUACGUACUAUCUCAAAUAGCCUACGUUAGCCCAUAGAAGAAGAGAAACUCAAAUUGGGCUUUAAGGGGUUAUUUUUAUCAGAGAACCCCGGUCCCUUUAGAAUUGAGAAGGAAGGAAAAGAGAAAUUAGGCGUGUAUUUGGAGUUGGGGAGAUGAGGACAGCGGCGGCAAGAUUAGGGUUAGGUUUAGCGGCGCCAAGUGCAAAGCAGAAAAUUAGCCUGAGAAGAUCCAGUACUACUUUAGCGGCCGCAACAGCAGAUGUAUCGAAUAGGAAGCACAUGAAAUCGGAAUCGGAAAUGGAAUUGGAAUUGAACAAAGGCAAGAGCUUAUACUUAUGUUUCAAUGAGUUUAGUAGAUGCGGUGGUAAACGUUUCGUGAAUCAAGUUGUUCGCUCGAUCAGAAUGGGUAGUGAUGAUGAUGAUGAUGAGGAGGAGUACUUGCGGGAGGCAGCUUAUAAGAGGUUCGAGGAUGGCUGGAACUUUUCCUGUCGCUUCGGCUCCCAAAUUCUUUUCCCUUUCAGCGCGCGUGGUUGUGUUGGUGGUGUUACACAUAUUAGAUCGCUUGAUACGUCGGCCCGGCCGCUCAAGUAUUCCUCCCGGACGAAACUAACCUUCUCCCGUCCUAAGAAUAGGCCAGUGCUGGGGGAGCUCAACCGCAAACUCUACUGUAUCGACACCAACCCCGAAAGGAUUGAGGGGGUUGAUCCUCAAGCUCGCCCUUUUGAGGUUUUAGAUCCCGAAAACGACCUCAAGUGGCGGUCUCUGGAUGCUCCUCCCUUUAUUGAGAGAGACACGUGUCGCUUCUUUGCCUCAUUUUUGGAGGGGAGCAACAAAAUCUUAGGUUGGGCGUGCAAGCAGCCUGGAGGUUAUAUGGGUAAGCUGCCUGCUGGAGAACAAGCGUGGGGGCCGCCUGAGCACCCUGGAGUGUUUUGCUUUGAUGCAACCAAGCCUGAAAAUGGAUGGACCGAGUCAUCUUUCAGUUUGGGUAACACCCUUCCCUCUCUUGGCUACCAAAUUAGGACUCCUAUCUUCAUCCAAAACCAUCAUCCCAAUCUUGGUGCUUUCCACCUAUUGUUUAACUAUGAUCCUAUCGAUGACCCUCUCCGUGUAUCCGCCUUUUUCAUGUCAGACAAUUGUGAUAAUUUUCAUCGCCUCACAUCCACACCUCUCAAGCUGCCAGAUUUGUGUUAUGAAUAUAACGAAUUCAGAGAACCACAUUCCGACACUAUCUGUACUGAUUUCAAAUUUGUCCAUCUCGGAGCUCAAAAAGUCUGCCUUGUUUUGAACAAAUUCUUCUGUGAUGGUCAUUUUCAAGAUAGAAACACGGGGAAGAUUCUUCUCAUAACAUUUGAAUAUGACAUUAUUGCUACUACUGUCAAGGACUACUGCUUCAAAUCAACAGUCCAGAUCCAAACCCGAUUGCUGAGGACCCGCCGCUUUCGAUACCAUUCCAGGAAGCUGCGUAAACCAGAUGAUACACGCACCAAAAGUUUUUGCAUGACUGGUGCAUUUCUGCUCUAACAAUCUGAAAAAAGUAUCAAAGGAACUUCUGCCGAGGAUGAUGACCAGGAAGUAUGAAGAUCUUGUUUGGGAUUUCACAAGUUGUUUUUGGUGGCCUGCGAACCAACCGGCUGGGGUUUAUCUCUUAGGAAAAGCUACUGUACCAAUAUUUGUGUAAGAUAUGUUGUGUAUUGGACUUUAUUAGGAGGGCCGAACUGGUUAAUUUAUCUUGUAUCCUAUGGGUAGGAAUGACCAUCCCGAGGGAUAUUAACACAUGAAUGGUGGGAUAAUAACACGAGUGGUGGUCGGUUUAAUGCUAUUUAAUAUAUUUGUUGUACUGUU